AUCCCGGAGGAGAUCUCUGCCACCAUCCUCCUCGAGAUGCUUGAGAGUAUCGCACCCCUGCAUGCCCUGCGGAGGAAGCAUCGGAACAUCCGCCCCUGGACCAUCGCCAUCUCGUCCUCGGGGACGGUGAACCUGCUGUCCUCGCCCGGUCUCGACCUCAACGAGUCCUCGGAGGGAGCUGGAGAGGAGGAGAUGCACGACAAGUGCUACUGGACCCCCGAGAAGCUGAUGGGGUCGAGCAAGGACGGGACGGAGCAGGACAUAUGGGCCAUCGGCUGUAUCUGGGCAGAGAUGAUGACAGGAGCUCGCUUGUUCGAAGCUGACGACUCUGCUGGCCUCCUCUACAGCAUGUUCAAGAUCCUAGGAUUCCCAUCGAGGAAGCAGGUGAAGGAGGAGAAAGAGGAGGAGAGGGAAUUGAAGGGAACUGAUCUCGACAACAUGAUGCCCAUCGGAAAGACUGGGUUGGACCUCCUUCGGAGAUUGCUCGAGUGGUGCCCGCACGAGAGGCUAGGAGCCGUACAAGCGCUCCGUCAUCCUUACUUU